AUGUCUUAUUUGAUAGAUGAGCAAACUGAGGUUCAGAGAAAGGCUUGGUCCCAAGUGUCCAAGUCCCAGGAGAAGGAAGACUCCGAGGGACACAGAACAUCUCCUGAGGUGAUCCAUGCUCAACCAGAGAAGCCAAGGAGCCCCAAGAUCGUGAUCAAGAAGGUACAGCUCAGGUGCAAGGCCAGCUACACCAAGGGACCGCACAUGAACAACCAAAUGGCAUGCACCAAGACCCUCGAAGAGACAGACUUGAAUUCAGCCCUGUCUUCCUCAUUCUCCCACUCACCAAGUGCACCCAACCUGGAGUCUCCUAGCUGGCCCACCUCCACUGAAGUGUUGAAAGUCUGCAAGCCUAAGCAACCAGUGCUCAAGCAGUCAAAGAAACGGAGUCCGAGCCCCCUAAUUUUGGCAUCGGGAUAUAGGAAAGACCUUUCCCUAAGCAUUCGCCAAGGUUUUCCAAGUUCCCCAUAUCAUGAGUCACCAAGCCAAGAGUUACCCAAUGACCCCACAUCCACCGCAGUUCUGAGAGUUUGUGAACUCCCACGUCCAGAGCCCAGAGAGAAGGAGGGUCCUGGGACUGUAUGGCCACUGGUUGAAACAUCUGAAAACAGCUGCACAGGAAGCAGAGAGAGAUACCAGUAUCAAAGGAGAGAGACACCUUACUCCACCUGGUCAUGGAAAAAUGAAGAUUUGCACCCAAAAUUUGUGCAGUUGCUACUUCUACACACUCCUUACCACAAAGACUACGAGUCCUUGAACCAGGAAAGCUGGGAUCACGGGGUGGUUGAGGAGCAAGGGCAUUUGAUUGAGGUCAGAGACUUAUUUGGCUCAGACCUGGGUCCCCAGGAAGGGCCUCACACAGUCGUAUUGCAUGGAGUUGCUGGAACUGGGAAGUCCACACUAGCCAGGCAUGUAAGAAGAGCCUGGGAGGAGGGCCAGCUAUACAGAAACCACUUCCAGCGUGUCUUCUACUUCAACUGCAGAGAGCUGGCCACGUCCAAGCUGACAAGUCUGGAGGAACUCAUCACAAAAGACCAGUCUGCCACUGCAGCUCCCGCUGGACAGUUCCAAUCUCAGCUGGAGCAGCUGCUCUUCAUCCUCGAUGGUUUAGAUGAACUGGAAUGGGUCGCAGAGGAGCAGAGGGCAGAGCUCUGUCUGAACUGGAGCCAGCAGCAGCCCGUGCAGACACUGCUGGGCAGUUUGCUGGAGAAAACCAUAUUUCCAGAGGCAUCCUUGCUGAUUACAGCUCGGACUGCAGCUCUGCAGAAGUUCAUUCCUUCUUUGAAGCAGCCAUGUUGGGUGGAGGUCCUGGGGUUCUCCGAGUCUUCCAGGAAGGACUAUUUCUAUGAAUAUUUCACAGAGGAAAGCCAAGCAACUAGAGCCUUUAGCGUGGUUGAAUCAAACCAAGCGCUCUUGACCAUGUGUCUCACGCCCUUGGUGUCCUGGCUGGCCUGCACUUGCCUGAAGCAGCAGAUGGAGGCAGGGGAAGAACUCUCACUGAGGUUGCAGACCAUGACAGCCCUCUAUCUGCGCUACCUUGCCCAAGCUAUCCAAGCUCAGCCCCUGGGGACUCAGCUGAGGGGCUUCUGUACUCUUGCUGCUGAGGGUAUCUGGCAAGGAAAGACUCUGUUCAGUCCAGGGGACCUCAAGAAGCAUGGAUUAGAUGGGGUCAUCAACGCCACUCCCUUAAAGAUGGAUGUUCUUCAAAAGCACCCCACAUCUCUGAACUACAGCUUCACUCACCUGUGUUUCCAGGAGUUCUUUGCAGCAGUGUCCUUUGCUUUAGGGGACAUGGAGGACAAAAGUGACCAUCCUAACAGCACUAGAAGCAUGGAAAAGUUGGUAGAAGUGUAUGGGAUCAAUAACCUGUUUAGGGCACCAACCGUGCAUUUCCUAUCCGGCCUUUUGAGUGAGCAAGGAGCGAGAGAGAUGGAGAACAUUUUCCAAUGCAAGCUGUCUUGGGAGAGAAAGCGGGAGUCACUGCUGCGGCGGGCUGAAUUGGAACUCUGGUGUGAGCAUUACUCUCUGCAAUUGUUUCACUGUUUGUAUGAGAUUCAGGACGAAGAGUUCCUGACACAAGCAAUGGCCCACUUCCAAGGAACGAGAGUGUACAUCCGAACCAGCAUGGAGCUGCUCGUGUUCACUUUCUGCAUUAGAUUCUGCAGCCACGUGCAGCGGCUUCAGCUGAAUGAGGGCAGACAACAUCCAGGAGCAUGCAGGCCCACUGACACAGUGCUGUUGAGCUGGGUCCCGGCCACAGAGGCCCGCUGGCAGGUUCUCUGCUCCGUUCUCCAGGUCACUGGAAACCUGAAGGAACUGGACCUGAGUGGAAACAUCUUGAGCCGCUCUGCAGUACAGAGUAUUGGUGAGGCCCUGAGAUGCCCUGGGUGCCAGCUAGAGACCCUGCGGUUGGGCAGCUGCGGACUCACAGCUGAGAGCUGCAAGGACAUUGCCUCUGGGCUCUGCGCCAGCCAAACCCUGAUGCAAUUGGAAUUGAGCUUCAACACACUCCUGGACGCAGGAGCUGAGCACCUUUGCCAGGGCCUGAGACAGCCAACCUGCAAGCUGCAGCGACUGUUGCUGGCAGGCUGCGGCCUCACGUCUGGCUGCUGCCAGGACCUGGCCUCCGUGCUCAGGGUCAGCCCCAGACUGAUGGAGCUAAACCUGCUGCAGAAUGAUCUGGACGACCUCGGCGUGAGGCUGCUCUGUGAAGGACUCAGGCACCCUUCCUGCCAGCUCAUGUUCCUAUGGCUGGACCAGACUCAGCUGAGCAAGGAGGUGACCGAGAUGCUGAGGGCCCUGGAAAGAGAGAAGCCUCAGCUGCUAGUCUCCAGGAUGUGGAAGCCAAGUCUGAGGAUCCUUCACGAGGGCCCAGGUGGAGCCGAGAUGAGCAAUACAUCCUCACUCAAGCGGCAGAGACAAGCAUCAGAGGGCAGCUCUCCUCAAGCAGCACAGGCGAGACCCUUCUGUCCGUCUUCUCCUACCCCUGCGGGCAACGAGCACAUGGAGUCUCUGGGGACUGAGGAUAACCUCUGGGGCCCCACAGGGCCUGUGGCUACUGAGGUGGUUGACGAAGAGAGGAGCCUGUACCGCGUUCACUUGCCCGUGGCCGGCUUCUACCACUGGCCCAAUACGGGUCUCCGCUUUGAGGUGAGAGGGCCAGCGACUGUUGAAAUUGAAUUCUGUGCCUGGGACCAGUUCCUGAGCAGGAAUUUCCCACAGCACAGCUGGCUGGCUGCAGGGCCUCUGUUUGACAUCAAGGCUGAACCAGGCGCUGUGGCAGCCGUGUUCCUCCCUCACUUUGUGGCCUUCCGAGGGAACGAUGUGGACAUCUCUCAGUUUCACGUGGCCCACUUCAAAGAGGAGGGGAUGCUCCUGGAGAAGCCAGUCAGGGUGACGCCACAUUACGCCGUCCUGGAAAACCCUAGUUUCUCGCCCAUGGGAGUUCUACUGCGGAUGGUCCACACUGCCCUGCGCUUCAUUCCCAUCACCUCUACUGUGUUGCUCUACCAUUACCUCCAGCCUGAAGAAGUUACCUUCCACCUCUACCUGAUCCCCAGCGAUUGCUCCAUUCAGAAGGCCAUAGACGAUGAAGAAAAGAAGUUCCAGUUUGUGCGAAUUCACAAGCCACCCCCGCUGACCCCGCUCUACAUGGGGUCCCGCUACAUUGUGUCUGGUUCAGAGAAGCUGGAAAUACUGCCUGAGGAAUUGGAGCUCUGCUAUCGGAGCCCCAGAGAAUCUCAGCUGUUCUCUGAGUUCUACGUUCGCCAUUUGAGGUCAGGGAUCAGGUUGCAAAUAAGAAGCAAGAAAGAUGGGACUGUGGUGUGGGAAGCCUUGGUGAAGCCAGGAGAUCUCAGACGGGCAGUUACUCUGGUCCCUCCAGGCCUCAGAGCCUCACCUGACUCCCCAGCUGCCCUGAGAUUGAGGCACUUUGUGGACCGAUAUCGGGAGCAGCUGGUGGCUCGAGUGACAUCCGUGGAACCUGUCCUGGACAAGCUGCAUGGACUGGUGCUGAGCGAAGAACAGUAUGAGGGGGUGCGGGCGGAGGCCACUGCACCAGGCCAGAUGCGGAAGCUGUUUGGUUUCAGCCGAUCCUGGGACUGGGCCUGCAAAGAUCGCCUCUACCAAGCCCUGAAGGAGACCCAUCCUCACCUAAUCAUGGAACUCUGGGAGAAGUGGGGCAGUGAAGAGACCAGGUCGGGCUCCUGA